CCAAUAUGGUGGCGAUGUUGAAACGACAGAGUUCAUGGUUGUCUUUAUAUAUGCUUAUGGCAUUAACUAUUAUAUUACAACAAAUUUGGAGUAACACCGUAUUUCCCCACCAUGGCCUUAUAAGAGAUUUUUGUUGUUGACAGCCUUAAGAAUGAUUUGAGGCGACUGUGUAGUCUUGUCAUCCUAAAAGCACCCUUUCUUUGAUUAGCAUCAUCUACUAUUUUUUAUUUUUUUAUAGCUUUUACUGAAGUUGAAUCAGAACUUAUCUGACCAAAUUGUUUUUUUUUUUUUUACACAAGUACUGUACCUCUACUUAAGUACCGAGAGUGAUUACUUUUGCCACCUGCAGUUGCCCCUAUCUUUUUAAAGAUGUGACAAGCGGCUGAAGAUUGGAAAGGGGCUCCUACUAUUACUGUGACCUGUUAAGGCUGUUUGUCGGCAAUGCAUGUCGGGAAAACCUAAAGUUGCUAGGAGACCGGAAGUAUGAGCUACUGACGCAACCCUGACGUGAUACGCGUUUAAUACACGUAUUCUGGAACGUAUGUUUAAAGAGCUAGGUCUCCCACAGCAGCAAAGCCCCACCAUGUUACCUCCACUCCAUGAUAAAGGCACACAGGCCCUGUUGAAGAAGCGCAUUAAACGGAAAUUGCCAAGUGAAGAGCACUUUAAAUCCCAGGAAAAGAGAUAUUUCCCAGGCUGGCAUUCUCAGGCACCUUUAUCCAGUGUAAAAGAGCCACCACAGAGGCGUAGCUUGCCAUCACCUGUAAAACUGCCGCCGUUGCAAUCUAGCACGAAGGAUCAACCCUCCCUAAAUGAAGCAUCAACCUCUUGUCCAGCAAAAAGACCUUUUUCCCUUAAGAAAGACGCAAACCUGGAAACCCCCUCUGAAGUUCGAAUUUUUGAACACAGCAAGGAUGACUACACGAUGGUUAGCAAAGACGGCGUAUUGUCGACGUGUCGGGAAAACUUUGAUUUUGUAAGCCUUGAACGGUUUGAGGAGGAAUAUCAACUCCACCGAAAGCUGGUUCUCAUCCCCUUCUUUGCUCGCUUCAAAUUAUUCAAACCUUUCUAUAUCUGGCAUAAAAAAGUCUGUGCCAAGAAGAUGCACAUGGCUCAAGAGGCUCUCAAAGAGAACUUGUUCAUGAUCAAUCCGGAUCUAAGUCCAGCACUGUCAGAUGUCAGGAAAAUGUGUUACCAAAUCAGAACAACAAACUUGUGUCAUAUUGAGAAGAAGUACACGUAUACUCUCCAGAAUUUUCACGAAGCUCAGUUCACACAAGUGAAAGAGGCACUGAGUGACUUGCAGAAAUUCCAAGACCUGGUGAAGGAAGUGACACUGUAUUCCUGUAGCAGCUUCCUGUCAGAUCAUAGCGACAAACUAAGUGAAAUCCAAGUUCUGUUGGGGAUUAACAAAGGCUUCUUCUGUCACCGCCUCAACUGCUUCAUCCGACUUGUUGACUAUUUGGUGGUCAACACCUUGCACACGCUGUUUGUGAGUGCAGUGGACAAGCUGCUGGCUGCGUUCAAAGAGCAGCUUAGUCAAACCCCCAGCCAUGAUAUCAUUCAAACCUGGGGCCAGCAGCUGGAGACUGAUGCGAACCCUACUGAGGAAAAGGUGGAUCGAAAGGCUGGGGAGUCCGAAUCUUCCCAGAGCAAACCAAUGUUGAUCAGUGAACUUGUACUAGACACAAAUGCGCUGUCCUACAAACCCUCUGAGGAGAAUUUUCAGGAGACUGUUGCAGAGAUCAUUGGGAAGUUCCAGAAGACUGUGUUGUCAGUUGAAACACUAACAGCAGAUCCAGAUUUUAUUUUACUGUUAAGUCACGAGUCUUUUCAGAGUCAAUAUAGAGAUGCUCCCAGUUUGGAAUCGGUCAUUGAAAAUGAUGGAUACAUUAAAAGUAUCUGUCAAAAAAUUAAGGAAUCACUGCAGUUCACAUUUGAAGCUGCACAAGUGUGCUCAUGCAUGUUUGAGCGUUUUCAGCUGUUUUACAAGGAGAAUGAAAGUCUAGAUUUGAAUGCUCUACGACAACAAGAUCACGGUUUGGAGUUUUUUAGAACAUCACUGGACUUGUACCACAAUGAGCAUGAAGAAGCUGUGGCUCUCCAGCCACAGAGACAUCUUGGCCUCCUCCUUGUGGACAAAACAGAGAUGAAAGAGAAGCUCAUCUCUUCUCCUCUCCGCUGUCUAAAGGUCAUUAAUGAAAUACUGACACAGCAGGCCAAGCGGAAGUUAAAAGCUGUCAUGGCAGAAGCUGGUGAAGCUCAAUUUAAACUAGAACUCAGUCCCACUACAACAACUGAGUUAGCCAGCUACCUUACUUUCCUUGAUGAGAUACCAGAGAGGAUGAAAGUGCUGGAGCAAGAACAGGAGACAGUGUGUCAGAUGUACAAUCUGAUCAACCUAUCCUCACUUCCUGUCACAGCUGACGAUGUGGCCUUUGCUUCCAUGGAGCCUUACAUGAACUCAUUACACACUAUGAUCAAUGAUGCAAUGUUUGACAGGUACAAAAUGAUGGACAAGUUUUCCAAGUCUCUGCAGAUAGACAUAAAAGAUCUGAACCAAAAAGUCAAGAAAAUCAAAGAAAAGUCACAGGAUCCACAAAUCCUGGAAGUCACUGCUGAUUUUUCCCAAGUGCGUCUUCUGCUUGGCGAGCUUCAGAUUUCCAUAGAUGAGUUGCAAGCCCAGGCCUCCGCAUAUACUUCCUACCAGAAACAAUUCAAGUUGGAGGUGACCAAAUUUGAUGACCUCGAUGAGCUAAAAGCAGAGUUUCGGCUGAAGAAGCUUCUGUGGGACUGUAUGGAAGAAUGGGACUUAUUGCAAGAUGGAUGGCGACAGACCAUGCUUGAGAAACUGGACCUGGAACAGUUAAACUCGCAAAUCAACAAAUACACCAAGUACAUCAACCAAAUGGAGAAAGGCUUGCCACGUAAUAAUGUAGUGCCAUGUCUUAAGGACAAGGUUGAACUUAUGAAACUGAGGGUGCCUGUGAUCACAGACUUGCGUAACCCAUGUAUGAAACCGGAACACUGGAGGAACCUGGAAUCUGUUGUGGGGAGCUCCUUGAAUGUGGAGCAGCUCACUGUGGCUGUUAUGGAGGAACUCAAUGUAUUCUCCUAUGGCACAGAGAUACAGGAGGUGUCAGCACAGGCUUCAGGGGAAGCAUCAGUGGAGACCAUUAUUAAUAAGGUGGAGGAUGUGUGGUGGACCACUACUUUCACGCUUUUGCAGCAUGGUGACUCCAAAGAGGUCUUCAUCUUGGGAGGCACAGAUGAUAUUCAAGUACUCUUGGAUGACAGCAUUAUCAAUGUGGGUACAGCAGCAUCUUCGCGUUAUGUUGCUCCCAUCAAAGCCAGAGUGGACAAACUCCUGUUGAGACUGAUCCGCUUCAACCAAACUCUGGAUGAGUGGCUUAACUGCCAACGAAACUGGCUAUAUUUAGAAAGUAUUUUCUUAGCCCCAGACAUCAAGAGGCAGCUCCCUGCUGAGUCCAAAAUGUUUCUCAAAGUGGACAAGUCAUGGAAAGCCAUUAUGGCUAAGGUCAAAAAGAUGCCCAAUGCACUCAAAGCGGCCACACAGCCUGAUCUCUUGGAAACAUUUCAAGAAAAUAAUGUUCUUUUGGAAACGAUACAAAAGUGUCUUGAAGACUACCUGGAGUCCAAGAGAGUUAUAUUCCCCAGAUUCUACUUUUUAUCCAAUGAUGAAUUGCUUAAAAUUUUGGCACAGACAAGAAACCCCCAGGCAGUGCAGCCUCACUUGAGAAAAUGCUUUGAUGCAAUUACACACCUUGAGUUUGCGUUAGUUUCUGACCAAUCAACUACUGGGCCAGCUACACUGGAGCCUGGAGAACAGGAGAAGGUCUACACCAAGGACAUCUUGAAUAUGGUUUCCCCUGAAGGAGAGAAGGUGGGUUUAACAAAAGGUCUGAAGGCAAGAGGCAAUGUGGAAGAUUGGCUUUGCAAGGUGGAGGAGGCCAUGUUCAACUCACUGCGACAGCUCAGCAAGGCAUCUAUAGCCGACUACCAAGUAACGUCAAGGGAGGAAUGGGUGGUGUCUGGGUAUCCUUCUCAGGUGGUGUUGAUAAUUUCCCAGAUGAUGUGGUGCAGGGACAUGGAAGCUUGUUUGGAGGGAAAUCAUGACCACUUUGCUGCCUUACAGAAAUUUGAAUACACCAACUUUGACAGGUUAAAUGCUCUCGCAGCUUUGGUCAGAGGGAAACUACCUACUUUACACCGUAAUAUCAUCACUGCCCUCAUCACCAUUGAUGUGCAUGCCCGUGAUAUUGUGACAGAUUUAGUCGGGCAGAAGGUGGACUGCGGGUCUAAUUUUGAAUGGCAGAGACAAUUACGCUACUACUGGGAUCUUGAUCUGGACAACUGUAUAGCCUGCAUGGCCCUAUCCACUUAUAUUUAUGGCUAUGAAUACCUAGGAGCCUGUCCUAGGCUGGUCAUCACUCCACUUACGGAUCGAUGCUACUUGUGUUUAAUGGGAGCCCUCCAGCUGGACUUGGGAGGUGCUCCAGCUGGACCUGCAGGGACAGGGAAAACGGAGACUACGAAGGACUUGGCUAAAGCCUUGGCAAUUCAGUGUGUGGUCUUCAACUGUUCUGAUGGACUCGACUACAAGAUGAUGGGGCGUUUCUUCAGUGGACUCGCUCAGUCUGGUGCGUGGUGCUGUUUUGAUGAGUUUAAUCGAAUCGAUAUUGAGGUGUUGUCAGUCAUUGCACAGCAGCUCAUAACCAUACGGAAUGCCAAAGCUGCUAAGAUGACAAAGUUUCGAUUUGAGGGCCGAGAGAUCAAGCUGGUGAUGACCUGUGCUGCAUUUAUUACCAUGAACCCAGGCUAUGCUGGAAGAUCAGAGCUACCUGAUAACCUUAAAUCUCUCUUUAGGCCCGUAGCCAUGAUGGUGCCAAACUAUGCACUCAUUGCUGAGGUGAUUUUAUACUCGGAGGGAUUUGAGUCCAGUAAGACUUUAGCAAGAAAGAUGACCCAAAUGUACAAACUGUGCUCUGAGCAGCUGUCCCAGCAGGACCACUACGACUUUGGGAUGAGAGCCGUCAAAUCGGUUCUUGUCAUGGCAGGGUCUCUUAAGAGACAGAACCCUGACCUCAUUGAGGAUGUGGUUCUGAUCAGAGCUCUGAGGGAUUCCAACCUCCCCAAAUUCCUAACAGAUGAUGCAGAACUGUUCGGUGGUAUCCUGUGUGACCUGUUUCCUGGUGUGACCAUUCCUGAACAUGACUAUGGUAUACUGUACUCAACCAUUGUGGACUGUAUAUUGAAGCGAAACCUGCAGGCUCUGGCCGCCAUGGUCAAUAAGGUUAUCCAACUGUAUGAGACCAUGAUCGUGCGUCACGGUGUCAUGUUGGUUGGACCCACUGGUGGUGGAAAGACCACCGUUUACACCAUCUUGGCAGACACACUGGAUACCCUUUAUGACUCUGAGUACAAGGAUGAAAACCCUUUCUAUCAGCCUGUCAAGACCUAUAUUCUUAACCCCAAAUCUGUCACAAUGGGAGAACUCUAUGGAGAGGUUAACUCACUGACCCUAGAAUGGCGUGAUGGAUUAAUGGCGCUGAGUGUCCGUGAUGCAGUUGAUAACGCCACCGAUGACCACAAGUGGGUUAUUUGUGAUGGACCCGUUGAUGCCCUGUGGAUUGAGAACAUGAAUACAGUGCUGGAUGAUAACAAGAUGCUCUGUCUGGCUAACAGUGAACGUAUCAAACUUUCACCAUCCAUACAUAUGGUGUUUGAGGUCCAGGAUUUGGCUGUGGCAUCUCCAGCCACAGUCAGUCGCUGUGGGAUGGUCUAUAUUGAUCCAGAUGAUCUAAAGUGGAUGCCCUAUGUCCAGACGUGGAUCAGUGGUCUCGGAUCCAAACUUCCAGACUCAGUGAAGACGUUAUUGCUUGAGUUAUUUCAGCAGUAUGUGGAGGAAGGGCUCCAGUUUGUGUUGAAACAUUGCAUCCAAGCAAUUCGCCAGGUGGACAUAAGUAAAGUCUGCACUCUUUGUUCGCUGCUGGAGUCACUGUUGCUCGGCAAAGAUGGGCCAGACUUUAAUAUGGAUUCCAAGCGCCUCACUGAUGUACUUUGUCAGACUUUCAUAUUUUGCUACUUAUGGUCAAUCGGAGGCAACCUGCCCAGUAGCUACUGGGAUGAUUUUGACAACUUUGUCAGAGAGCAAUUUAAAGACAACACCAAUGCAAAGCUUCCUACCAAUGGAGGCCUGUGGGAUGUGUUCAUCAACUUUACCAAAAAUUCAUUCGUGCAGUGGGAGAAAAUAAUACCUUUAUUUACAUACGACAGCGAGCAAGCCUUCUUCGAGAUGCUGGUUCCCACCGCAGACACUAUCCGCUAUGGCUAUCUGAUGGAGAAACUCCUCUCAGUCCGCCAUUCUAUACUCUUCACUGGUUCCACAGGAGUGGGGAAAUCAGUGAUAGCUCGGGGCCUUCUCAACAGUAUCCAAGAAACUUGUGGCUACAUUCCUGUCUAUAUCAACUUCUCUGCUCAGACGUCCUCUGCCCGCACACAAGAAAUCAUUGAGUCUAAGCUGGAGAAAAAAAGGAAGAACAUGCUUGGUGCGCCUAAGGAUAAGAGGAUCGUGGUGUUUGUGGAUGAUCUAAAUAUGCCCAAAUUGGACAGUUAUGGUUCUCAGCCCCCCAUCGAACUUCUACGUCAAUUUCAGGACUUCUCUGGAUUUUAUGACAGGGAAACUUUCUUUUGGAAGGAGAUACAGGACAUGACUAUCGCUGCAGCAUGCGCUCCGCCAGGAGGAGGACGCAACCCUGUGACUCCCCGAUUCAUUCGCCACUUCAGCAUGCUUUGUCUGCCCACACCCUCAGAGCAAAGCCUCAAACAGAUAAUCAUUGCUAUCUUGUCAGGUUUCCUCAAAGAGUUCCCUCAACCAGUGAAGGACUGUGCAAAACAGAUUGUAGAUUCAGCUGUAGAGAUUUACAACCGCUUAAGUGUGGAUCUGCUCCCCACUCCAGCCAAGUCUCACUAUGUAUUCAAUCUCAGAGACCUCUCCAAGUGUGUUCAAGGUAUGCUCCAAUGUGAAGCAAGUCAAGUGAGAGAUAAGACUCAGAUCUUUCGUCUUUUCUGCCAUGAAUGUCAGCGGGUUUUCCAUGAUCGACUCAUCAAUGGCCAAGAUAAAGAGUAUUUUAACACCAUCGUAUGUGAGACAGCCAGCAAAUAUUUUGGUAUUAAUUUGGAUCCUUCAUACUUUGUGACUGAGCCAAUAAUAUUUGGGGACUUUAUCAAGGUGGGUGCAGAAAAGGAAGAACGUCAGUAUGAAGAUCUUCCAGAUCUAGAUAAGAUCCAAGCGGUUCUCCUGGACUAUCUGUGUGACUACAACAUGACUUACUCCAAGGAAAGCAAGUUGGUGUUCUUCCAGGAUGCAAUUGAGCAUGUUUCACGAAUUGCCCGCAUGGUGCGCCUUGAGCGAGGCAACGGCCUGCUUGUAGGAGUGGGAGGCACAGGCAAGCAGUCACUUACUCGAUUAGCGUCCCACAUUUGUGAGUACCAAUGCUUCGAGAUAGAGCUGAGUCGAGGCUACAACUACGAAAGCUUCCAUGAAGACUUGAGGAGGCUCUACAGGAUGGCUGGGGUGGAAAGAAAAGAUACUGUGUUCCUUUUUACAGAUACUCAGAUUGUGGUGGAGGAGUUUUUGGAGGACAUCAACAACAUGUUGAACUCCGGUGAAGUGCCCAACCUCUUUGAAAAAGAUGAGCUGGAACAAGUGCUCGCUGCAACCCGCCCAAAAGCCAAAGAAGCUGGAAUCAGUGAGGAGAACAGAGAUGAGGUGUUUCAAUAUUUUAUCUCUCGUGUACGGGAGAAGCUGCAUAUUGUACUGUGUAUGAGUCCAGUCGGUGAUGCCUUCAGGUCGCGCUGUCGCAUGUUCCCCUCGCUGGUCAACUGCUGCACCAUUGACUGGUUUGUGGAGUGGCCCCGUGAGGCCCUUCUUUCCGUCUCUCAGGCCUUUUUCCAGAGUGUGGACUUUGGUACGGAGGAGCUCAAGCAGAGCUUCUCAGAUUUGUGUGUGGAGACACAUGUCAGUGUCUCUGUCAUGGCUGAGCGAUUCUACUCAGAAGUGAGACGUCGAUACUACACCACACCCACCUCUUACUUAGAACUUAUCAACCUGUACCUGUCCAUGCUAGACAACAAGAGGCAGCAGUUAGUGCUGGCAAAGGACCGUGUGAAGAGUGGUCUCACUAAGCUCCUGGAGACCAAUGAGCUUGUGGCCACAAUGAAAGUGGACCUUUCUGCUCUGGAGCCGCUUCUCAAACAGAAAAGCAUUGAUGUUGAUGCCUUAAUGGUAAAACUGUCUGUUGACCAAGAGAGUGCUGAUGAGACACGUAGAGUUGUGAAAGAAGAAGAGGCAAUGGCAAAGGUCAAGGCUGAAGAUACUCAGGCGAUAGCUGAUGAUACCCAAAGAGACCUGAAUGAGGCUCUGCCUGCCCUGGAGGGUGCUAACCAGGCUCUCAGCUCUCUGGACAAGGCUGACAUUUCCGAGCUCAAAGUGUUUACCAAACCUCCUGACAUGGUCAUGACCGUCAUGGAGGCUGUCUGCAUCCUGCUCAACUACAAACCGGACUGGCCCAAUGCCAAAAAGUUACUGGGUGAUUCCAAUUUCACCCGAUUUUUGACAGACUAUGACAAGGAUAAUAUUAAGCCUCAAGUUCUGGCAAAGCUGCAGAAAUACAUUAACAACCCCGACUUCAUACCUGAGAAGGUGGAGAAGGUUUCCAAAGCGUGCAAAUCCAUGUGUAUGUGGGUUAGAGCUAUGGACAUAUACUCCAGAAUCCUCAAGGAAGUUGGUCCAAAGAGAGAAGCAUUUGCCAAGGCACAGGCGGAGCUGGAACUCACAAUGGCAACACUGAGGGAAAAGCAACAACUGCUCCAGAGUGUGGAAGACAAGAUUAGGGUUCUACAGGAAUCAUACGACAGCAGCCUUAAUGAAAAGCAGGAUUUGGUUAACACAAUGGCAGUGACGCAGGCACGGUUGACCAGAGCAGGGAAGCUGACAUCGGCUUUAGGAGAUGAGCAAGUGCGCUGGGAGGAAAGCGUUGCCACAUUUGAGCAACAGAUCAUCGAUGUUGUAGGCAACGUCUUCAUCGCCGCUGCUUGUGUGGCUUACUAUGGAGCAUUCACGUCUCACUAUAGAAAACUGCUUGUUGAUGAGUGGAUAAUACAGUGCCAGAACCUGAAAAUUCCUAUUAGUUCCAGCUUCAACCUUAUCACCAUUUUGGGUGACCCAUAUGUUAUUCAAAAAUGGAAUAAUGAAGGUUUACCCCGGGACACAGUCUCCACAGAGAAUGGAAUACUGGUGAAUGAGGGUCGCCGCUGGCCUCUCAUGAUUGACCCCCAGGAUCAGGCUAACCGAUGGAUACGCUCAAAGGAGACCAAGCAUGGUCUAAAAGUGAUCAAGCUCACUGACCCAAACUUUCUUUCCAAGCUAGAAAAUGGCAUCCGUAUGGGCAUGCCUGUUCUCCUGGAGGAGUUAAAGGAGAGCCUGGAUCCUGCUCUGGAGCCCGUCUUGCUAAAGCAGACAUUUGUGGCGGGUGGACGCACUUUGAUCCGACUUGGAGACUCAGAUAUUGACUAUGACAAAAAUUUCCGGUUCUAUAUGACAACUAAAAUGGCCAAUCCACACUACCUACCAGAGGUGUGUAUAAAAGUUACAAUCAUCAACUUCACUGUGACCAAGUCUGGCUUAGAGGACCAACUACUUGGCGAUGUGGUGUGCCUGGAAAGUCCACAUCUGGAGGAGCAGAGGAACGAUCUGGUUGUGCGCAUCAAUAAUGACCGCAUCCAACUGAAGAACAUUGAAGAUCGCAUUCUGAAACUUCUCUUCACCUCUGAGGGAAACAUACUUGACAACGAGGAGCUUGUUAGCACUCUCCAAGAAUCAAAGGUGACAUCAGCAGCUAUAAAACAACGACUGGAGGAGGCAGAGGCCACUGAGUUAAUGAUCAAUACUGCAAGAGAGGGUUACCGAUCUGUAGCCACGCGAGGCUCUGUCCUGUUCUUCGUCGUCGCAAGUCUCUCUGAGAUUGAUCCAAUGUACCAGUUCUCACUCAAGUACUUUAAACAACUCUUCAACACCACCAUCGAGACAUCUGAAAAGAGCGACGUGUUGGAAGAGCGUCUCCAGAUCCUACUGGAUCAGAUCUUACUCAACUCCUACAUAAAUGUUUCCCGGGGCCUUUUCGAGCAGCACAAACUCAUCUACAGCUUCAUGUUGUGUGUCGAGAUCCUGAAGCACUGUGGUGACAUCUCAGAGGCGGAGUGGCAGAAUUUCAUCAGGUCUUCUAUAGGCAUGGAAAAGGAAUUUGCAGAACGGCCAGAUGUCCCCUGGCUAAGUGAUUAUUACUGGCAGACAUGUUGUGAACUGGAGGACUCAUUGUCCUGUUUCAAGGGGAUCUCCAAAGAAAUCAUUGCAACACACAUCCGUGUUAAGCUCGGACGUUUUGAGACAUCUUUUAAUCCAGAAAACUGGGAGGGCUAUGUGUCAAAGUUGCCUCCUCUUGAUAUGUCUGAAGAGGGGCAACAAAAGAGCGGAAUCCAAGGCCACUGGAAUGAAAGGUUGAGCUCUUUCCAAAAGCUGGUCCUUAUUAAGAACUUCAUGGAAGAGAAGGUAGUAUUUGCAGCAACAGAGUUUGUAAUUGUCAGCUUAGGGAAGCAGUUUGUGGAAAACCCUCCCAUUGAUCUGGCUAAUCUCUACAAUGGCAUGUCUCCAUCUACGCCACUGGUCUUUAUCCUCAGCACUGGAUCCGACCCCAUGGGUGCCUUCCAGCGUUUUGCAAAAGAGAGGGGUUGUCUUGAUAGGGUUGAGUCCAUUUCAUUGGGUCAAGGACAGGGACCCAUAGCUGAGAAAAUGAUUAAAUCAGCAUUAGGGAAUGGAGGCUGGGUUUUCUUGCAAAACUGCCAUUUAGCCGUCUCUUGGAUGCUCUCCAUGGAGGAGUUAAUUAAGACCUUCGCCGAGCCUGACACAUCAAUCCACGAGAACUUCCGUUUGUUUCUCAGUUCCAUGCCGACUAAAGUGUUUCCGGUUACAGUGCUACAAAACUCUGUCAAGGUGACAAAUGAACCUCCUAAAGGCCUGCGCGCUAACAUUCGACGAGCUUUCACAGAGAUCUCCAACAAUUUCUUUGAAGAGCACACUCUGGGGCUGGAUUGGAAGAAGAUGGUCUUUGGGAUCUGCUUUUUCCACGCAGUCAUUCAGGAGCGUAAAAAGUUUGGUCCUCUUGGCUGGAACAUUCCCUAUGAAUUCAGUGACAGUGACAGGGAGUGUGCUCUGCUCAACCUCAACCUCUACUGCAAAGAUGCCACUAUUCCCUGGGAUGCUCUUACAUACAUUACUAGUGAGAUCACAUAUGGAGGCAGAGUGACAGAUGUCUGGGACCAACGCUGCCUCAGAACGGUCCUAAAAGGCUUCUUUUCACCUAAAACCCUGGCGCCUCACUACACCUUCUCAGCAUCCGGUGUCUACUAUGCCCCGGCGUUAGACACACUGGAUCUGUACAUAGAAUACAUUGAGAACCUUCCUAUCAUUGAUGACCCUGCGGUCUUUGGCAUGCAUGAAAAUGCCAACCUGGCCUUCCAGCGCCAAGAAACCAUGAAUCUGAUCAACACUAUUCUGGAUGUUAAUCCUCGCUCUUCAGCCCAACUCGGAGCCAAAAGCAAUGACGAGAUUGUGUGUGACCUUGCUGAAGCUAUACUUGCUAAGCUACCUGACCGCCUUGACAUGGACGAGGCGCUUGAAUCUCUAUUCGAACGAGACGAUAAUGGUCGCGUCAACUCUCUAACAACUGUGUUGGGCCAGGAGGCCGACCGAUUCACCAAACUGGUUCGAUUACUUAGGGUGUCUCUCAUAACUUUGCAGAAGGCCAUUGCAGGUCUGGUGGUAAUGUCCGAGGAGAUGGACCGGAUCUACACAAGCUUUGUUAACAACCAGGUUCCCGCUCAAUGGUCAAACUCCUCCUACCCAUCUCUAAAAUGCUUGGCUUCCUGGGUCAAAGACCUCUACCUCAGGAUCUACUUUAUCGAGACUUGGAUCACACGUGGUCACCCCAAAUCUCUUUGGAUAUCUGGAUUCUUCUUUCCUCAGGGCUUUCUAACUGCGGUUCUGCAGAAUCAUGCCCGGCAGUACAAUUUGCCCAUUGAUGAGCUGAACUUCCGCUUCAACGUCGUGCCGGUGUACAGGGACCAGAACGCAGUGGCUGAGGCACUGCGCAAUCUGAACAGCAACUCUCAACUUCCGAUGGACUUAGAGCUGCCAAUGCCUGAGAAUGGUGUGCUCGUGCACGGCAUGUUCAUGGAUGCGAGUCGCUGGGAUGAUGACAACAUGGUGAUCGAGGAUUCAUUACCUCGAGUGAUGACUGGCAUUCUGCCAGUGGUGCACUUUGAGCCACAACAGAACUACGAACCCGAGCCUGAGCUCUACCAUGCGCCACUGUACAAGACCUCAGCUAGAGCAGGAACUCUUUCCACCACAGGACAUUCAACUAAUUUUGUUGUGACUGUAAUGCUUCCGUCAAACCGGCCAAGCGACUAUUGGAUAGCCAAAGCAUGCGCUCUGUUGUGCCAGUUGAAUGACUAAGUCUUAUCCAAUAUGGGCACACAUUUCUUGAGAGUUGAAAAUAAAUAAAAAUACAAUCAGAAAAUAAAUAAGAUAUACAAUAAUGUAGUGGCUUGAAUUCACAUUUUAAAGAGAUUUCACUCAUCGUCACUCUGUCAUUGCACAUUAAAUGUGGUGCCAAGUGAGCUGUGAAUGAUCCGAAAAGGACUAUUAUCUGUUCGGGCUUUCAUGGUAUUGGAAGGCAAGACAAAACCUGGAGGACCCAAGUGCAGGGAGGCCAGGCACGAGUGCAAUAAUUACAAAAAAAAUAUUUAUUUUCAAAAACAGGCAACCGAGGCACGUGGAAAAAUUUAACUAAACACAGUCCCAAAAUCAAUAAUCAAAGUAACAAAGAAACAAUUGCGUAAACCCAAAACAGGAAACAAGUCAUUACUAAUGACAUGACUUACCAAAACAACAAACGACAUCAACAAUGAACCCCACAAGCACUGAAGAAAUGGGGGACUAAAUACAAACAAACUGACGAGACAACGAGGAACACUUUGAAAAGACACGAGUAGCUGGAGGGAGCUGAUUGGUUGACACAAGGUAGAGGAUUGACGAGAACAGGUGGACACAAUAACUAAAUGAGCACACAAGACAUGAACAACAUGGGACCACAGGAAAACAUGAAACACAAUUAAAUAUAAUCUAAACUAAAGCACAGACCAUGACAUCAGUUAGUUAACACUUGUGUGCAGUAGUGCAUCCUGAUCAUCUCCCCCCAUGGUGAAUUUGUCUACUUGAGACAUCCAGUCACUAUUUGUGGAAGGUUUUUGGAAUCGUAUGCUUAUGAGAUUUACAAUAACGUGUCUAGCCUCAGGCAAUGGGAAAAAAUAGACAUUGGAGUUCAUUGAGCAGAGAUGGAUAAAGUGAGCUUGCUGAGCAGACGCCACAAAUGUAGAAGGUUAACAAGCAGGAGCGCUACAUGGAGUGCUGAAAUGUUUCCACCACAACUCCCACAUGCAGCAGCUUCCUAUUUGUGUCACUUAGGGCAUGCACUGCAAACACAUUGGGUAUGUGCAUCCACCUCAGAGCUAUGACAGGGAACAGACAAACACAAUCUUUGUCUCACACACACAAACACAUACACGCGCACGCACACAUAUGUACGUAUGUCUCUAUUCUAUUCUGUUGCCCACGCCUUAUCAUAUUCUAUACCAUGACAUGAUUGCACCACUGUUGCUUUUCUGUAAAUGUUCAGGAAGUCAAUGGUCAGUACUAACAAACUAACAAAUGGAACUCGUUUGGAUUACGAAGAAAAAUAUCCAUGAUUAAACUGUCACCGUUACCAUAACCUUUCUUAGACUUCCAAUUUUAGUAAACAUUUUGAAGGCCGCAGUGUAAAAUAAGCUCACCUUUGAUUUUACCAUUAAUUUUAAAGACGAAUUUAGAAGAUGUUUUAAAGACGAAUGAUGAAGGCAUAAUGCAAAAUGAAUAUCUGUCAAAGAAGUGCCUCACGCAUCUCACUUUUUAACAUUCCCACUUGUCAAACACGAGUAAAAAGAAGUUCAUUCAUCUUCCGUAUUGCUUAUCCUCACUAGGGGUCGCGGGCAUGCUGGAGCCUAUCACAGGUGACUCUGGGCGAGAGGCGGGGUACACCCUGAAUUGGUCGCCAGCCGAUCACAGGGCACAUAUAAACAAACAAUUGGCACUCACAUUCACACCUACGGACAAUUUAGAGUCUUCAAUUAACCUACCAUGCAUGUUUUGGGGAUCUGGGAGGAAACCGGAGUACCCGGAUAAAACCCAUGCAGGCACGGGGAGAACAUGCAAACUCCACACCAGGCGAGGCUGGGAUUUGAACACUGGUCCUCAGAACUGUGAGGCUGAUGUGCUAACCAGUCAACCACCGUGCCGCCUGAAAUACAUGUUGCAAAAAAUAAGUAAAAAGUAAAAUAAUUAAACACAUAACCAAGAUCUAAUCUUUGAUUGAUUGAUUGAUGCUUAGUGAACUGGGCUCUUGUAAUUUCAGCAAUAUAUUGAUGUGCAGUGUUGGGCAAAUUACUUCCAAAACGUAGAUUUCUUUAUUAGACUAAUUUUACAUCCCCCCCAUCCAGAAAUCAUAAGGAGUAAAUUAGAUUAUACUCCCCACUCACUCUUGAUACAAAUAUAAAGGUAAACAACAAGUCAAUUUGAAACAGUAAAGCAAGCAAAGCUAACUUAAGGUGGAAAAGAAAGACCUGAGACAUGAACAGCAGAGCUACUAUGGAAUGUAAAAUAAACAGCUUCAACAAUCCUAUCACGGCAGAUGAAAAUUCAGGAAGGCAAACAUGAAUUAUUCAUCAAUAUUUUUCCAAUCACAAUGGGAUGAGGUCAUCUUGGAGUGAUGCCUCAUUUGGUCUAUUGAUGUUUCAGGAUGAUGUACAGGAAGUCUUUGCAUAUAUCAAAAUGAUGAGAGUUGGAGAAAUUUGUACACUUAAUGCAAUACUUACUGGGUCCUGUUUGCACUGAUCAUAGUGAUUUGCAUUUGGUGGUCACAUUGUAUGUCACUGAUGGUGUAGUGGUACAUUCGCCUCACUUCAGUGUGGGUUCAGUUCCCACUUAGUGACGGUGUGAAGGUGAGUUCAAUUUUAUCCCAGCUGCUUCGUUCCACUCUCUGGGCAUUUGGCUCCAUCUACUUCAUACAGCACCAUCGCAUUGUGUCCUUCACAAGUUAUCAAAUUAGCAAUUAUCAGGUCAGGGCCCAAAAGAACUUUGAAACAAAACUUAUUCUUGUCAUUAAAUAGAUGAACACAUAUGAUUUAUGUUUUUUUGAAUUGGUUUUCAAUAAAGGUACUGCAAAAUCUUACCAUUCCUCAGUUUUGUGGCCUCUGCUCUGCAUUUCGAAUGGUUGUUUUUGAAAAACGUUCAUGAUGAAGAGUGAAUCACAGAAGUUACAUUUAAAAUGAUCUCAAAAGAGUGGGAACAGGAACCAUGAGCCUAUUCAUAUAUUUUGCGUUUUGUUUACGCUGUAUGAAAAAGGUGCAUGUAUGGGACUAACCGACAUUGUUUAGCUUGCAAUAUAGUGUACAUGUAAGUGCCGAGGUUAUUUGAGGCUGUUACCCUGUGUGUCUGCGUGCGUGUGCACAAUGACUCUUCAAAGCAAAUGAUCUCUGAGGGGGCAGGUGUGUAACCUUCCUUAUUACACUCAGUCAACUGAACAAAGUCCACUGAGAUCUCUUCCAGCUGACCAGGCACAACAGUCCCGCCAAAAAUAGCCAACAGUAUUGGU